CUGUCGGCGCCGCUGCUGGCCGCGCCGCCCUGCCUGGCCGCGCUGCUGGACGUGGUCGAGCUGGGCAUCUCCGGCGCCAAGAGUGAAGGCAAGCCAGGCGAACCAGUCAAAAUGAAGGACGAGAAAGAACUGAAGCCCGUGUCUAUGAGAGUCCGAGACGCGGCGGAGUCAUUGCUGAUGUUAAUCUUAGAACAGAGUGGCGGCAACAUUGGCGGUGGUUGGUGCAGACUGGACGAGCGGUGGCUGAGCGCUCUCGGACACGGGCGACUGAGGCAUUUCGCGGCAGAUUCCCACACCGUGCUGUCGCUGCUAGAGGAGCCGCUGGCUAAUAGCCAACAGCCGCAGCCGACGCUUGUAGUGGUGAUCCGGUCGGCGUGGGGCCGCUUCGCGUGGUCACUGAGUAGCCGCGGGUCAGCGAGGUGCGCGGGGCGCGGGGCGGGCGCGGCGUGCGCGCGGCCCGUGCCCAUGUCGGAGCCCCCGCCCCGCGCCCCGCCCGCCUGCCGCGCGCCGCCCGCCGCGCCGGCCUGCGCCGUCGAAGCUGCGUUUCCGAGCCUGGAGGCGGUACUUCGUCAACUCAACGAUCCCGACGCGCACGUGCUAUUCAAAUUACUGGAGCAACAGGCAACUCUAGAGCAACGCGCCGCGCAGGCGCAUGAAAACAUUGUACCAGAAGAGUAUGUCCCUCCCGAACCAGUCACGGAGUUCCAAACGGCCCGAAUGUUUUUGUCUCACUUCGGAUAUCUCAACAUUUCUGGAGAUAAAAAGAACGCGGGAUCUAGACUGGAGGAGUUGGACGGCUCAGCGCCGGGCCUGGGCGCGGCCCUGCGGCGACUGGACGCCACGGGCAGCCGCGCGCCGCUCACCGUGCACGUGUUCUGUGUGCGGGCGGGCCAGGUCCAGGCCGCGCAGGUCCUGGCCAACGCCGACACCACGCCGCCCGCAGGCUUCCGAGCCAUGCUGCGCGGGUUGGGCAAGCCAGUGUCGGUGGCUGGCCACGCGGGCUGGACGGGCCACGUGGCCAGCAGUUACGACGCGCGCCCGCACUUCGACGGACGGAGCAGUACGCACGCGGAUGCAAGUGCGCGCGCACCCACUCCCGCUCUCUACGACGGACGAGAGCAGGUUCUGUAUUGGUCGGACUCAACGGAUGAGAUCGCCUUCAUCGUGCCCUCGGGCCGCGAGGUGAACGAUGCGGAGGUCAGCGAUGUUGACGGAUCGUGUCUCUCUAACAACCGCAGCUUAGACAAAGGCUCAGAGUCCUGCUGGGACGUGUCGAGCGGGUCGGCGCUCUCGUACGAGCGCAGCGUGAGCGAGUGUGAGCAGACCAGAGCCCGCAGCUCGCUCUCCGACAAGCGGGCGCUCUCGCUCACCGACAAGCAGGCUGCAGCGUCCUUUACACACACUGGAAGCGGUCGACGAAACAGAGAUUUCACACCAAAAAUUCUUAUUUUCUGGUUGGAAGACUUCGAAGAUCAUCUUAAUUUACCAAUUGAUGAACUGCUCCCGCAUUGCGAAACGGGCCUGCCGUGGCGGCGGCACGAGGUGUGGUCGCUAUGCGUGAGCGGCGUGCGCAGCGGGCUGGUGCGGGUGCGGGCGCCCCCCGCGGCCGGCGUGUUGGCGGACGGUGCGUUAGUAGCGCCGCGCCUACUGCCGGACUGUCUGCGGCGUGCGGCGCGACACCUGGCCCGUCGAGCGCGGCUCAACACGGACCUGUACCAGCCGCCGCACGUCCGCAGACGUCAUCUCAUACAAGAGAUACAGCAGCAAUACAAGAAGGAUCUCACCGAGCCAGAACUACUGGAAUCAUUAUUUAGAGCCCCCUAGUAUAUUAUUAUUACGUCCCUUACUUAUUUAUUAAAGGCUAGAUUUAUUUAUUUAAUACUUAAUUCCCUCACAGACACACGUAUAUUUCCGACAUCUUACACAACUUUGUACUUAACAAACAGUAUUUUGCGGUGAGUGUUUGGUGUCCGUUGUGCCGUACAUUGUAGCCGCUGAAUAAAAACAAAUGUUUGGUAUAUAUGGUGUAGAGUAGAUAGUGGGAUCUGGCCCAUUAUAUCAUUAGCAGCCUUAUCCCGACAUAUUUAACUACACUUAACAUUUGGUGCGAUUGUCUGGUAACCUAGAACUAAUAGAAUAAUUAAAAAAUAACUAAGAAGAAUUAUCGGUCAGUCCUAUCGUGUGCUCUUUAGAUUGAUUUCUUUCCACGUUCACAUCAGCUGUGGAAGUGAUAGUAAGCCUUACUUAAGGCUAUACAGGUUAUAUAUACACACGCCACUCAAAAUAUAAAACAGAUCCAAAAAUUGAAAUAUCAAAAAAAAAAUAUACAGUCAUGUAAUAUAUAGGGUAUGUACAUGAGAUACCAUACUCAGCGAGACCCGUGCAAAUUUUUCGCUUUUUCUAGAUUAUAAAUUUUCUCGAAUAAUAAUUCAAUUUAGUAUUAAUAAGAAUAAGUAGCAUUUUGUAUUAACUUUCCGUAUUUUAAAUGUAAAUGAAAUGAAAUGAUUUAUUUGUAUGAAUCGUGGUAGCAUAGUUGUUAACAAUUAAUUGGUGUACAGCACAAUUCGCCAAUAUAUCGGCAUACAAAUAUUUGAUUGUCAAUAUUGGAAUUUUUAUAUUUAUACGUCACUAAUAAACAUUACUUACAUAGUUUUAAUUAUAAUAUAAUAUUAAAUAAAUAUUAGUUUGUAGGUACCUCUCAAAAAAUUACAUUUAAUACUAUUAUUUUUGGCUAAAGAAUUCUUUUAAACUAUAAAAGCAUUUAUAUAUUAGCCAUAAUUUAAAUUUUUUAUGCAUUAAUGUUUUAGGUAUCUCUCUAAUAUUCUUUGGAAGGUGGUUAAAUACCCUAAUACACAUAACAUUUAUUAUGUAAGAUUGAUUAAAUUAUUUUAUGGUUAUUAUGUAUAUUGUAGAUGUUUAUAAAUUUUGUUAUAAAAUAUAA